CGCGGGAGGGCGGACGGGCUGAGGCGGCGCCAUGGCCUCCGAGGUGGGCGCGCGGCGCGAGGCCAAGCAGCUGGUCCGCUCGCCCAGCGGGCUGCGCAUGGUGCCCGAGCACCGCGCCCUCGGCAGCCCGUUCGGCCUGGAGGAGCCGCGCUGGGUGCCCGACAAGGAGUGCCCUAGGUGUAUGCAGUGUGAUGCCAGAUUUGACUUUCUCACCAGGAAGCACCACUGUCGUCGCUGUGGAAAGUGCUUCUGCGACAAGUGUUGCAGCCAGAAGGUGGCGCUACGGCGCAUGUGCUUCGUGGACCCCGUCCGGCAGUGUGGCCCUUGUGCCCUGGUGUCCCACAAGGAGGCUGAGUUCUACGACAAGCAGCUGCGGGUGCUACUGAGUGGAGCCCCCUUCCUUGUGUCCAUCGGAAACGCUGAGAAGCCAGAAGCUAUGGUUUGCCGCCUUUCGAACAACCAGAGGUACUUGCUCCUGGAUGGACACAGCCACCAUGAGAUCGAAGUCAUGCGAAUCACCUCCGUGCAGCUUCUCACUGAGGGCUUUCCUCCUGGAGAGAAAGACACUCACACUCACUCCAGCCUUCUGGGGAGCCAGCCUGUCUCUGAAGGGGGCAGCGCACGGGCCACAGGCAUGUCCCUGCAGUACUCGGUGCCAGGGGCAGUGGGCCUGACUCCGCUGAAGCUAAUAGCCGGGGAGGACGCCAUUGCCAGCAGGAGGCAGUCAACUGCAUGGUUGGUGGCCAUGCACAAGGCUGCCAAGCUCCUGAAUGAGUCUCGGGACCAGUGAGUACAUGGGAUGUGGGCAGCGGAGAUGGGACCCUGCCCAUUCCAGGAUUAACUCUGCCUGUUAGGCCCUAGUUCAAGCCGGAGGAACGAGCGCGUUCAUGGCCCUAGUGCAAUAAGCUCAGUCUAGUUGCUCUAAGCUGCUGCCUGCUUUCAGAUUGGCUAACAGCUGGCUUGGGAUGGAAUCACACUACUGCUGAACUUGAGCACAUACAAAGCUUCCAGGACAAUGAGCAGGUGCUGCUGUCACCCCUUCUCCCACAGAUGUCUGGGUGGGUCACUCAGCCUGGUCUGACAGUGCCUUCGGCCUGUCCUCACUGGUUUUGGAUCGCCUAGGGGAUGGUGCCAGCUGUUUUGUAUGUCUCACUUCCUCUUCACUUUAUUAAACUACAUGUAUACAAUUUGUAUAUAGAGCUUAUAAUUAAACCUAUUUUCAAAAUAAAGCCGGAGCUCUUGCCUCA